UGGCAAACAAACAACUGUGUUGUUGUUAGGAAGAUUUUCCUUAUAAAACUAAACAAAGUGCUUAAUAUUUUGAUAGUUAAGAUGUUGAGUUUUAGCAGCAUUUUCCUAAUAUUAAUAAUAAAAGUAUGCUUAGCUACUGAUAACUGCGACAACAAUGCAGUUCUAUUUUAUGAAGAUAUUGAUUGCAAACCAAUAAGAAGUGAUGAAGCAACUUGCCCCAACAGGUAUGACUGUAAGUUUUCUCAAACUAAAAGCGGAUGUACUUUUAAAGGAAAAACCUAUCAAAUAGGAGAAGGGAUUGAUUCAAAUCUGACAUAUUCUGCUUGCAGCAUUGGCUGCACCUGUACCGAAUUGAAUAAAUUCACAUGCGCAGUUCUAGAUUGUCCAGAAUUUUUCGGAGCACCUUUCGAAAUACAUCAAAAUUGCCACCACGGUUAUACAUUGGGCAAAUGUUGUUCCACUGGACAAGUUUGCAAUUCUACUAAGACAUGCGAAUUUGAAGGUGGCACAUACAAAAUUGGUCAAAGAUUUUAUCCGAAUAAUACUUGCCUGAAUUGCGUUUGUCACGAAGAAUUUACCGGAGCAAUAAACGAGAAAACUUGCAUAAAGCAUAACUGCAACACGCAAAUUCAUUAUCUUGAAGAAAUAUUGAAAAAUUGUGCUCCCGCUUAUUUUGAAACGCAACCUGGUAAAGUUAUUUGUUGUCCUGAUGAUUUUGUUUGUCCCAAAGCUGAUGACGAUAUAAAAGUUGUGAAUAGUACUAGUACAGGACAAGCAAAGGUGGGUUUUGAAUGCGCUUAUGGGGACAGGAAAUUGAAGCAGGGUGAAGGAUUUAAUAGAAGAGUUAAUAAAUAUGGUGCCGAUAGGAAUUUGCAAUGCGAAUGUCUCAUUCCGCCUUUGGUGACAUGUAAAGAAAUAAUCUCCUAGAAUUUUUAUGUGCAAACUAUUUUAUUUUAAUAUAAAAAUAUUAUUAUUUUUUUCUUGCUCUACAAUAAUACUUAUUGUUACUUAGUCUAGUUUGAGAGAAAUAAAAUCUUUGAUUAAGUAUGUCAGGAGUCACCAACGAUUGACAAUGAUGUGGCUGAAAGGCGUCUUGAUGCAGAUCCUGAAAACAUAAAAACCAACUUUUGAUUUAAGGUCAUUCAAUCCUAUGUACAGUUUUUGAAUAAUCAUACAGUCUCUUAUGUAAAUACAGUUUUGUAUAUUUUCGUAUGGUAAAAAUUCCCCUAGGAACAACCACCAAUGACCCUAUUAUGUCUUACCUUUUACAGCCUUUUCUAAACUCCCACUCAUAAAAUACUCUGCCAUUUUUCUAUUAUCACCCGUGCAAACAUCGAUUACAGCCUUAUUAAAGUUCCAGAAUACAAUGCUUUGAUUUCUCAAUUGUAACUCGUCCAAUAAAUUUCCAAAACCCUAAAAACUUGAGAAUUAAAAUCAACAUUUAUAUUUGAAAAAAAUCUAUACAAUUGCAAUUGUUCCAUCGAUAUUCCUCACAAACUCCCCAUCAAUCACUACAAUGCUCCUCUCCUGCUGACAUCUGCUUAAUACUUGUUCCCUCAAGUACUCGGCAGAAGUAAAAUGCAAUCCUCCUUUAGGCCUUAUAAUAUAAACUGUGUGAUCCCCCACUAUUGUCCUUUCAAAGUACAACUUAGGCCUGGCAUUAUCAUACAAAAUAAAUAACACAUUUACACCUAUACCAAUAAUUAUACCGUAUUCAAGACUAAUGAGUAGAGAGCAAACUAGUGUUGCAAAGUAUGGAAUAAGAUCCAGUUCUGAAAAAUAUAUAUUUUUAUUAUUUAAUACCAUUAUGCAUAAAUAUAAGUAUUACUUUUUGUCUUCCACAUAACCAACACUGCAUGAAACUCGCACAAAUAAUACAUGGAAACCAUUAUUACAGCUGCUAAAGUAGCCUUAGGAAUAUAUUUAAAUACUCCUGUUAAAAGUACCAAACUUAUCACAAGCAUACAACAUGUAAAUAAACCUCCUGCAGUCGUUUUAACACCUGAAGCAUUAUUCACAGCGGUUCUUGUAAAAGAACCAGUCACCGGCAUCGAUUGUACCAAAGAACCUGCCAUAUUUCCUAUGCCAAGGGCUAAUAGUUCUUGGGUAGCGUCUAUAGUUUUUCCUUUAGCUACAUUUAUUAUAUUAGUGGAUUAAAAUGCUUAAAAAAAUGUUUGCUUACUAAAAGCUUUCACAAUGGCAAUGUGUUCCAAAAAGGCAACCAUCGGACAAAAAACUAUGAGCGUCCCAUAUUGGGAUAACAUGUCUUGGAAACUGAAAUAUGUCCCGUUCCAUGUCGUUGAAAAAGGUGGUAGGGUGAAGUUUGGUAAUCCUCUAGCCACACUUCCUAGUGAAUAAUUUGGUAAUCAAAUGUGUAAUUAUGUAAGGAUCUUACCUGUGAGUAAAAAAGGUGUGGCGUUAUAAGACUUAUCAGCCACAUAGGCGAUUGAAGUACCACCGAUGACCGCCAUAGCGUUACCAGCCAGGGAAAUGAAGAAAAUACAUUUUCCUAUCAUGUUUCUUUUUCUGGACCAUUCCGGUUUGUGUUUUAGUGAGCCAAACACUUUGAUUUCCUAGAAGAAAAUCUUCUAAUAUUUACUUGUGAUCUUGUUAUGCGACAAUAUUGUUACGGAAGAAAAAGGUCUAUCGCGUUUAUUCUGGAUUUUGCAAGAAUAUAAUACGGAAAUAUGAAGGCCGGUAUUAGUUAGUAGUUUUCAAGUUUGAGAUACGUUUUAAAUAGUGAUUAUUGUUAAAGUUGUAAAGAGUUAAGUUGAGUUAAUUAGUGAAGUAAUUAGUGUCAGAGUGUGUAGUAACCUGGAAUAAAUUAUUUUUGUGUUAAUUAGACUUUGAUGUUGGAAUAAACGAACCCAAGAUUCCUGUCACACACCCCAGAGUCGUGACAUUGGUGUCAGAAGUGGAAGUCGAACUCACGCCCACCUAAGUAGACUGCGAAGAAAGAUGGAAGUCUUAGAUUUUGUGUGGACUACCGUAAGCUUAAUGACGUUACCAAGAAGGACAGCUUCCCACUUCCGGCGAUAGACGAUACAUUAACAGCUCUAUCGGGCUCCACCUUGGAUCUUAAGAGUGGAUACUGGCAAGUGACAAUACACAAAGAUGACAAAGAGAAAACUGCCUAGUACCGGAACCGGUUAUACCAGUUUAACGUACGUACUGCCUUUCGGAUUGUGUUAUGCUCCAGCUACGUUUGAGUGACUGAUGCAUCUUGUUUUGCGAGGCCUUACAUGGAGAACUUGCCUGGUAUUCACCUGACCGAAUGAAGACCAGAUACGACUUGAAAGCCGG